GCAACCAAAAGGUUAGCAGUCCAACGCUCACGCGCACUUUCCGUUAGAGGGCAAGUUUCUCUUCACACCAGGUUAACAUGGCAACUAUGUCAGAGUCUCGGGGGGAAAGGGAGUUGCAUGACCGCGUUGUGCAAGAACUGAACCACUUGAGCAAGGAAAUGGAAAAAAUGGUUGAGGUCAUGGAGAAUGUGUCGGUGCAGUUGACGUGGAUGGCAUAUGACAUGGUGGUGCUUCGCACCAGUCCGGAGGUGGGAGAAUCCACCCGGAAGCUGGAAGAGGAGUUUCUUCAGUGCAAGAAUCUCCUAGAAACCACCUGCAUAGAAGCCAUCGGCAGGUCGACAGACCCGGGACGGAUUUGGCCAUAACUGUCAGAUUUCUGCAGCAAUUUAGCCUUAAUGUGCGUAAAUGAAACGUUAUAGCUGCAGUGUUCAGACUCAGUCCCAAAUGUUAUUAUAUUCAGAGCAGCAGCUGACAUAUUUAGCGUGUUCGACAAAUGUUUCCCUAAAAUACGUGACUGUUCUGGCCAUUUGUUGGCACUGGAAAUUGCGGACCAUGUCAUGGGUUAGACGUUGGUCACGUGAUCUGACUAAGAGUAGAUGCCACGUGGGACAUAUUUGUAAACUCGUAUUUUGGUUUAUUGAUUUGGGCAUGUGGUUAUGAAAAUAUUUGUUGUUGUGUUUGAGCAAAUGGGUUUCAUAAGUUUUGAUUCCUAGUCUGGACAUGGAGCAUCUACUGUGCAAAUAAACAAUAGAGGUGUGAGACCUA